AUUACCUGCAACCACUGGCCCCGCAACCUCUCUUCAACCCGCCACUCUGAGCUAAGUAAUUGUCUACGAUGACUGCCAUCCAGGCCAUCCGCAUAACCGGCCACGAAGAGCGCUCCGAGCCCAAACCGCACGUCGUCUACCGCAUCGAAAUACAGGCGCCCGUGCGGUCAUGGCAAAUGUGGCGGCGCUACUCCGAGUUCGAGGACCUGCACACCGAGCUCACCAAGUCGACCGGGGCGCCCCCGCCCGCCGAGCUCCCGCCCAAACACCGCUUCUCCCUGCUGCGCUCGCGCAACAACGCCGCGCUGACGGAGGAGCGCCGCGCGGGGCUCGAGGCGUACCUGCGCGCGAUCGUCGGCGCGAAGGACGAGCGCUGGCGCGAGUGCUACGCGUUCAAGCAGUUCCUCGGCGUGCCCGCGGGCAAGCAGGCGGGGGUGGAGGGCCCCGCGCAGUACACGAGCGCGAGCUGGCUCGACGAGCACAUGGAGCUGCAGGCGCGGCUGCGCGACGUGCGCGCGGACAUCAACAAGCGCGACGCGCUCGCGGACCGCGGGGACCCGUCGGGCGCGCACAAGGCGAACGUGGAGGCGAAGAAGAAGCUCGCGGGGAUCAUCACGCGGACUAGCGCGCUGGGGAAGGGGCUGGAGGAGCUCGGGAUGCGCGGGAUGAGCGAGGGCGAGCUGCAGCGGCGCACGGACAUGGUCGCGCGGCUGCAGGACGACUGCGAGAAGCUCUCGAAGAUGGUCACGGUUGCGCGGAUGACUUCCCGAGGUCUGGGGGCGACGGCUGCCCAGCGUAAUCCUGCGUCUGACGCCGACCGCGCGGCGUUGCUGGGAGGCGGCGGCGCAUCCUCUGCGACCUCAAGUCCGGCAGGCGGGUUCACUCGCAAUCAACCGGUGACGAGAGUGUUUGGCGCUAAGCCGGUCGAGACGGAGGAGACACGACCGCUGGACGAUCAUGGCGUGUUCCAGUUGCAGCAGAGCAAGAUGGAGGACCAAGACGUGCAGGUCUCGCAGAUGACGACGGUAUUAUCGCGGUUGAAGCACCUCGGACUGGCCAUCAACCAGGAGAUACGCGAACAGAACGAGCUCCUCGACGACCUCACGAACGAGGUGGACAUGACAGGUUCCAAACUAACCGCUGCGAAGAAGCAGAUGAACAGGCUUGGAUAG